AUGGGAUACACUGCGGUUUACGACGAGGAGACUGAUCGCAUCCGAGUCAUGGAUGGCAACACAGUCUUGAAGGAGGGCCAUGCCAUGGAGGUUCCUCAAUUCAAAUACUGGGCCAGAGACUAUCCCAACGAUAAGCAACCAAUCGAUCCUAAAAUGUUAAGACGGCAUAGCUUGGAUCUUAAGCCUGACACAAUGGCAGAGCUUAUCAUCAUGCGAUUUUACAAGGAGGUCAAUGACGUUGUUACUACUGAGAGCAGCCUCUGCCCAUCGUACCUCAUCUAUAAAAGCGUAAGCAUGGAAGAGCUUCACGUCAUGGUUCAAGAGGAUCGGAUGAAGUGGCUGCAGACUGAACAGUGUGAGGUGGUCACGGAUUUAUGCAGGAAGCUCAACGAGAGCAAAAGGUCCAAAUCACCAAAGUGGUUUUGGUGGGAUCUGGAUCCUUCCAUGAGCAGCUUGAAGACCCAUGUUGGUGUCAACAAUCCAGAUUACAAUUAGCAGCAGCCCUCAAGAUCAGUGAGGUUCUAGGAGAGCCAGAAGAUCCUUUACCUAUCUUUGCCCAGGAACUCCGUUACUCCACAAUCGAAAAGGAGUACUUGCGCAAAAACCUUCGUGUAACCGUCAUAGAUGAUCCAGACGCCUUUGCACUCAUCGAUAAACACACGAUGCUCAUAUUUUGCUGUCUUGGUCCCGAAUUCGCGUAUGAAGUCAGCAAAGGACCGUUCCCAGGUGCUAUGAUUACAGGCCAUCCAACCAACGACGGUGCCUCCGACGCUCUCGACUUCUCCUCGGAUAUAAUCAUCCCGGCGGUGGAAAUGUUCCGGCAUUACAACAAGCGUGAGAUCUGUCUGGGCCAUUUUGGCUUGCCAUUUGGCGAAUAUCCACGACGGAAUGAAGCAUUUGACGAUCACCAAUGCUUAUGGAUCAGAAAGGAUGAUUUGGAGGAGUUGAGACCCACGGGUCUGAUUCCCCCUGUCCGUUAUCGUAUAAUUCGGAAAGAUGAAAACGGCAUUGAGUACACUCAACUUCAAUGCCGAGUGAUUAAAGAGACCGACGGCUGGGAUGUGAUGCCAAUUCUACAGGAUGAGCAGGGCCCCAGAGAUUCGAAGGAUGGCGAAGCGGAUGACGAAUCGACUACCCAUCCAAACCAAGGUUGA